CGUCUUCCUUCCUCUUUGUAUUUCAAGAAUCAUAAGCACUAACACUUAAUAGUUAUGGAGUAUUGGGUUCUCUUUGUUUUCCCAUUUCUGAGAGUUGUCUUUAACUUAUGCUGGAUUCUUGAUGGUUCAUUGAUUUCAACGAACCACUGAGAAGAAAGGGAUUUUGUUCAUUUGUUGAAUGAAUUCUGAAUGUGGGUGAGAUGGAUUUGUCACGGUUUGGACGCUGGAAAGUGGAAAGAUUGCUGAUUUCUCUGUGAAUCAAUUGGGUCCUCAUUUUCUCUGAUGACAUGGUGAAUGUGUGUAAAGCCUAAGUGUGGAGGGGGCUUUGGAGUUUCAAAACCAUACUGUUUAUUUGGAGAAGUUUGAGAUGGGAGAUUCUCUAACACAGAAGACUCCUAGAAAAAACCCUAGAGAGACAACACUCAUCAAGAAACAACGGGUUCAAGCAAUGGAAAAGUCCGUAGAAGAUGACAUUCAACUGCAACCAAAGCUGGAUUCUUCUCGUUGUACCUUUUGCGCGAGUGGAAUUAACUGCAAAGCUGUUCGUCAAAAAUCAAAACUGAUGAAUAUUCUUGGAGAUAGUCGGAAACCCGAGGAAGCCCUAUCAGUUUUCGAUAGCUUGAUCGAAGGAGGUCAUAAACCAUCUCUAGUAACAUACACCACCCUCUUAUCUAUUUUAACAGCUCUGAAGCGCUUUAACCACGUACAUUCAAUUAUCUCGCUUGUUAAAGAAAGCGGAAGGAAACCGGAUUUACCUUUCUUUAAUGCUGUUGUUUAUGCAUUCUCGGAAGCUGGGAAUGUGAAGGAAGCUAUGAAAACCGUAUCAGAGAUGAAGGAGAUCGGGAUAAAGCCUACUACCACUACUUUAAACUCGUUAAUCAGAGGUUAUGGGAUUGCUGGAAAGCCCGAAGAAUCUCUCGAAAUAAUGGAGCGAAUGGUUCGAGAGGACAAUGUAAAACCGGAUGAAAGGACUUUUGGCAUCAUCAUAUGCGGGUACUGUAAAGAAGGAAAAGUAAAGGAUGCUUUAAAGUUUGUGUACUGGAUGAAGGAUUUUGGAGUGCAUCCUAAUGUUAUCAUUUUCAAUACACUGAUCAGAUCCCUUGACAUAUCGGAUAGAGAUAGUAUCGACGAGGUUCUGACAUUGAUGGAAGAUUUCGGUGUCAGCCCUGAUGUAACUACAUUUAGCACGAUAAUGAAUGCCUGGUUUAGUGCUGGAUAUAUGGACAAAUGCAAGGAAGUGUUUGAUGACAUGGUGAAAUACGGAAUCAAGCCCGGUGCCUUUGCAUACAACAUUCUGGUGAAGGUAUAUUUGCAUUCCUCGGAGCCAGAAAAGGCAGAGGGUGUCCUGGCUGACAUGGUUAAAUCCGGGAUUCAACCGAACGUUAUAAACUUCACGACUGUCAUUAGCGGUUGGUGCAGAGCUGGUAAUAUGGACAAUGCAAGGAAGGUUUUCGAGCAGAUGUGUGAAAGCGGGAUAUCGCCUACUUUGAAGACGUUUGAAACCCUAAUCUUGGGCUAUGCCAGAGCAAAGAUGCCUUGGAAGGCGCGGGAAAUGAUUGAAAUCAUGAAACGGUUUGAUGUUCAGCCGGAGAGAAGCACACUUGUUCACGUCGAAAACGCUUGGCUUGCCAGAGGAGGAAGCAACGGGGCGAAUCAAAUGGCAAGCACGAUAGACAAAGACCGUAUGAAUGUGGAGGCCCCGGAUAAAGUCUAUAAGAAGAAAGGUGCCCACCAUCCGGGCUCCAAACUCUUACAAAUACCUAAUGUGGUUACGAAUGGUAAAAAGAGAGAUGUUUCGGCAUCAAAGAGCCCUCCUCACGUUGCCACUACGUCUAUACAUCUCGGUUCUGGAUUCAGAAAGCGCGCUCCUUUUGUUUGCCAGAGGCAGUUCCAAGGGCAACAUUUCAUGUAUUGUCAAGUUGGACACUCCUGCACAGUUUUCUUCAACUGAAGAGGGAUGGUUAUUGAAUUUAUUCUGUUGUGAAUAAAGUUGUAGGUAAUGUUCAAUCUUUGUUAAGUUUUGUUGGUCAUUUGACUAUUGUUACUCUGCACUUACCCUUUUGUCCAUUUGUAUUUGGCUGCUGUGCAUCUACACAAAAUCAUGUCAUUAAUUUGUUGGAGUUAAUAUUCAAUUUAGUUAUGUAUUAUAGUGGUUUUUCUAGAUUUAGU